AUGUCUGAGUUUGAAGAUCAUGGAGGCCAUCAAGAGGAUGAAGAUGAGGAGCAGGGGGAGGGAGAAGAACGCCCCAAAUACAAGCCGGUCACACAGCUCGCUGCCCCUAAAAUCCCUGAGGGGGAGAGGGUUGACUUUGAUGUAUGUUCCUUCAAGGAUAUCCAUAGGAAAAGGAUGGAGAAAGAUCUCCUGGAGCUGCAGACUCUGAUUGAUGUCCACUUUGAGCAGAGGAAGAAAGAGGAGGAGGAGCUGAUUGGACUCAAAUUCAGGAUUGAGAGCCGCCGGGCAGAAAGGGCUGAGCAGCAGCGUGUGAGGGCUGAAAAAGAGCGGGACCGACAGACACGGAUUGCAGAGGAGAGACAGAGGAAAGAGGACGAAGAGGCAAAAAAGAGGGCAGAGGAUGAGGCCAAGAAGAAGAAAGUGCUCUCAAACAUGGGAGCUCACUUUGGAGGGUUCCUGGCCAAGGCAGAGCAGAGGCGAGGCAAAAAGCAAACUGCGAGGGAAAUCAAGAAGAAGACUCUGGCAGAGAGACGCAAGCCACUGGCUAUUGAGACCCUGAGAGAGGAUGGCCUGAGAGAGAGAGCCAAGGAGAUGUGGGAAGUUAUCCACCAGCUGGAGUCAGAGAAAUUUGACCUGACUGAAAAGACGAAGAGGCAGAAGUAUGAGAUCAAUGUCCUCCUGAACAGAAUCCAACAUGCUCAGAAAUUCAAAAAGGUCCAUGGUAAGGGGAAGGUCGGAGGACGCUGGAAGUGAACUCACAAAGGA